AUGUUUCAGUAUCUUGAUGACCCGGCACUUAAUGAAAUUCGAGUCUGGAAGGAAGAUGCGGAAAUUGUCGAAGUCUUCCAUUCAAAUGCUGGAGAUCUUGGGGUGGAUGAAAUUCUAGAGUUCGUCGAGCAGUGCGAAGAUGAAGAAGAGGCACGAUCUUGUCUGUUGGAAAAAGUCUACGAGUCGACACCCACAGGAAUUGGAGCGAUGGUAAGCUUGGGCACACACGAUUACUGGCCAGAUGGGGGCAAAGCAAACCAUUCUUAUUGUGAACAACUUGCGACUGGAAAGCCAGAGAAUCUCAUUCAGUAUUAUGUUGACGUCGUAGGAUGCUCUCAUUCGUUCGCUUGGAUGCAUUGGAUCGCUUCAAUCAACAACAAAUGCUCGUUUGAAGCAACAACGAAUCUUCAAAAAUUCCUUAGUCGCGACUUCGAAUUUGAAAUAAACGUUGGUUUUUCCAGCGGUGUUCAGCCAAGAGCAGCUGAUGCAGAAUCCGUCAAUUAUUAUUAUGAAACACUUCCAGAUUGGCCUUUUGGAGUUAUUCCUCUUGACGAUGACGAUGAAGAAGACAGCAGUAUAAAAGCUACAGUAUCUGUUCUUGUUUUUAUCUGCAUUUCGCUUUUAUACUAA